AUGAUGCGAGGAGGAGGAGGAGGAGGUGGUGGAGGGGCCGCGGCGGCCCCGUCGUUUCGGGUGCUGUCGCCGGCCGGUGCCCGGGUGCUGUACGAGCCGCAGGCGAUGCUGCGCUCGCCGCCACCGAGUCGAGCACCCGAGCCGUACAAGGUGGCGCCGGUGCAGCAGCACUCGCAGGGCGCCCGAUCGCAGCGCAAGUCCAGCUUCGCCAUCAUCGCCGAGGCCAGAGCACCCACGCCACGGGCCCUCAGUCCAAGUCCGGCCUCGAGGCCCACGUCGCCCGGAGGAGUCGCAUCCGGUCGACUGUCGCCGUUCAGGGGUCGAGGCUUUCGGGGACCGCUGCCCAGGUCCCGAUCCUCGGGCACGGUUCACCAGUCGCCCUCGGGGCGAGCUGCCUCUCGCUACAACAACAACAACAACAACAAUCAGUCGCAACACGGUAGUCCCAGGCACGGUAGCCAGAUUCCGAGGCCGGCGCGAAGUCGAUCGAUCUCGGCGAGUAAGGAGAACGAGCGACUCGACAGCAACAACAGAGCCUCGCCGAAAUUCGGUCGCAGGGCCGCUCGACGCUACAACUCGAGUAUGGUAUCUCAACAGCAGCAGCAUCAAAAACAGAACGGAGGUGGUAUCGGUGGUGGUGGUAGCGAGCAUUACGCGGCUGGACGUAGACAGCAGUAUCGGGGCCAACAAAUGCCAAAGUCACCGGGCGUGGCGGUUAUCAAGACUCCGAAACCAGCGCCGAGAUCGUCGAUGCUCGGCCGCGACGGAAGAACCGUCGCUCCGUCACCGGAAAGAGCCAAGAGGAAUCUACUCGCGGUGCCGCCAAAAAAUACCGGCCAGGGCAACAAACGAUUCGUCACUGCCAAGGCUGCUCCGAGUGACAACAAAAAUCAGUCGAAGGCCGCAGCCGUUCCCGCGACGCCGGACUCGCCCUCGAGAAUUCCACUGAGACAGCAGCAGCAGCAGCAGCAGCAGCAGCGUGGCAAUGGCACGGCUGUGGCCGUGUCCGACGCGCCCAAGGUCACUGCCACUGGAGGGACAGCGGACAAGCCGCCACCCGCGCCAACGAUAAACGGCGCCAAGGAUGGUCGUAACAACGUCAGCAGCAUUCCCGAGGAAGUCGUACCCGCCGAGCGCAACAAUUUGGCCGAGCUGCUGAAACAGUCUUCCGUAGCGGCGGGCGGCGCCUCGAGCGUCGUCAACACCACGACGGCGACGGCGGUGCAGCCGCUGCAGAUCGACGCCGCCGCCGUCCUGGCCGAGGCCGAGCUCGUGGCCAAAUUAUCGGCCCUGGAGCAGCAGCAAAAGAAGGAAAAGGACGAGAACAAACCGGCUGGCAGUCCACUGGUGACUAUUUCGAGGCCGAGUCCGACGCCCGACUCGUUGACCAAGGGGUCGACUAACGCUGCUGCGGCGGCUCAGAGUCCGGCCAGUCAAGAGACCAAGACGCAGACGAUGAUCAAGCACUUUGGAACCGGAGCGACUGGUGCUACCAAUGACACUGCAACCACGACGGAGAAGCAGAGUAAUCAAGGAGCAGCAGUCAAGGCAUCGACACCAACGACUACAGCGGAUGACCAAACGGACAAACAGAGUCAAUCUUCCAAAUCUCUCACGCGAAAAGUCGUUAAGGUCGCCAACGGUGCAGCAGCAGCAGCAACAGCAGCCGCAACGGCAACGGCUUCGGCAGCCGCCUCGAGCAACGGCGAUUCCAAACAAGCCUCACUAUCGUCCUCGGCGGCACCGAGUCCGAGUCCCGACGCCGACCCGGGCGCCGACGGUUCCGAGCGUCAGGUGCGCAUAAGCUCGGACUCGCCGGCGGCCGGCAGCUAUCGCUCGUCCGACACCGGGGUCAGCGUCGACACCGUGAAAGGCGGCGGCAAUAACGCGACCGGGCUAUCGUCGGCCAAGGAGCGCAGCGGCUUGCUGAUCAAGAGGCCCGAGGAGAUCGAGACGCUGAGCGGCAACGUCGUCAGGCGCAACGGCUCGGAACAUAAUACUGCUGUCACGAAGGCCAAGGGCGUUUACCUGAUCCUUACCCUCCUCCGAGGUAGCUCGUAUUUGGCAACAGUAACUGGCGUCGAUCAGCUCGAUCAAUCGGCGACUCAGGGUGGCGGCGACUCCAGCAGUCCCGGCGGCGGUGGCAACCGCUGGCAACGUAUACAGGCGUUCUGGCGUCGCAAGCUCGGCCGCAGCAAAAAGAAGAAGCCAAAAGUCAGGCCAGCGGCCGCUGGAGGAGGAACAGACGGCGAGGAGGGAGAGAGGCCCGCGCCACGAUCCAAGCUCGACCUGAAGAACUGCUGGUCCCAGAUGCGCUGUUUGGCCUGCAGGCGCGAUCCCAAAGCGGCGGUGCCGUGGCCGGGCAAGCGUCCGCGAGGCGCCUCGUCGACCCACCUGACCGAGCCGGCCGAGUCGGGAGGAGGAGGAGGAGGAGUCAAGGGCAUCACAAAGGAGAGCAGAUGGGCGAGGAUACGGCGAUCCUGCAGAUGCCGAGGGGUGAACAAGUGCUGGCCGAGCGGAGCCGCCGCAGCUGGAGCAGGGGCCGGUGGAGGACUGGCGGCCUGGAGGCGACGUCACAAGCCGAGUCAGAUCGCGCCGCAGCCCGCGGGAGCGAGUCGCGGCACCGGCUGCUGUCCGCCGGAGCGUCGACCUGCUGCAUUAUGCCGGAGCUUCUGGUCCAAGAUCUGCUGCAGCUGCAACUGCUGCAGUCGACCGUCCUGCCUGGGCAAGAAGGCCGCUGCCCAGCCGAGGCGCAGCAAGCACAGCAUCGCCAGUAUCGCGGCUGCUCCUCCGUCCGAGGAAAAUCGACCGAAACUUCCGGAUGUGCUGGUGGAGCACGGCUCGGUGAUGCGCGGCGCCAUACCCUGCCUGCCCGUGAUCCUCGCCUGGCUCUGCCUCAUCUGCAACGUGUGCAUUCCCGGCUCCGGUACUCUGCUCGCGGGUCUGUUCAAUCUGUGCUGCGGCCAGCCCCGAUUCUCGGCCACGGCCAGUCCCAAGGCCCGAGUCGGAGCUCUCGUUGUCGACGCCCUCGUCGGCGUCUCACAGCUCUUCACGGUGCUGUUCUGCCUCGUCGGCUGGGGCUGGAGCAUCUGGUGGGGCGUGACCAUGGUUCGCGUUGCGCGAAAGUGGAAGCGAUUCAAGACUUCCGAGGCGGCGGCGAACGAUCCCGAGGCCAGAAACGGCCCGGAACAGGCCACUCUACCGGCGCCGGGUGUGCAGGCUUUUCAGAGCGCGGAGCGCGCUGCUGCCCGAUAGAUCGGGAAGUCGAGAAAACGUUGAAUGCGAUUGCCGACGCGAUGAUCGGUAAGUUUUGUUGGAGCCUUGGGUGCGCAGCAAAUCCACGCCUUUGUCAAUUCGUCUUAUAUCGACGUGUAAUAUAUUAAAAAUUAAAAUAAUUAUAUGUAUUUUACCUGUAAAACCUUUUUUUUAUUCAGAGAUCCGAGCCGAGAUUACAAACAGAUAUUUUUUAAAAAUGACUCUUCUUUUAUCUAAAUAAUAUUAUUAAAAAAAAAUUCAAGCUUGACGUUUAUAUUAUAACAAUAUUGUUUCGAACGGUGAACGAUUUCCUAUGACAAAGUCUCGAAGUUAAACAAAAAAGAAAAGAAACAAGCGAUACGCGUGAAAUUUAUAUAUAUUUUCCAAUACCCUAUGUAAACAUAAUUUAUAAAAAUAAUAUAUCAAAAAUAUAUUACAUGUAUAUUUAACGCUAAUGUACAAUGCAAAAACCUAUGAAACAUAUACUUUUUACUAAUUAUACGUAAUUGUGUACGUAAACUCGCGGUGCGCGAGAGACAUAUCUCGAUUUUCGUUAAAUAUACGACUUUUUUAUACACGCGCGCGCGCGCGCAUAUUAUAAAUUAUGUCCCCUUUCUUUUUUGCUCCCGAAAGACGCGAUGCAUUAUUGUUCUACUUUUUUUUUUUAUUUUUUCUCUCCUAACAGCGACCACUAUUCCGAAAGCACGACGCAUAUAUAAUAAAUUACACUCGAGAUUUCCAAGCUACUAUAUACUAGCUCGCGCGACGCAUAGGAGAGAACGAGGAGGAGGUGCUAUAUAAUAGCCGACGGUCAUGCUUUCGGACGAUUCUUUUUCAUUAUAUACAUACAUUUUUUUUCGUAAUUAUUGCUAAAAGGCGAAAACGAAGAGGCGUUGUAAAACUAUAGCGCUAACUAACGUCCGAAGUUAUUAUGAUGUAUAGUGUAAUAUCGGCUUUCACUGGCGCGGUUAUACUGUAUUAAUUACCAUUAUUAACAUUAUUAUUAUUAUAUUGAUAAAUCGAAUACUAUUAUCAUGUUGUUAUAUAAAAAUUUUUCAUAAUUAAUAAAGUCUUGAUUAAAAAAAAAAGCAACG